AUGCCUCCUUUACCCGGUGAUCCACAUCCAAGCCGUCAGUCCGAUAUUGACGCCAUUGGGUUGAGCCAUUCAGGUGUAAAUGACUCUCGAGAACCUGACGAGGAUGACAACCACCCAUUCAACAUCAUACUUCAAAUGAACGAAUUCACAGAGGACGACAAAAGAGUUAAGGAUGCGGUUCUAUAUUGUAAAUCACAAGCAGAUUUCUUAAAGACCUCUGAUCAGCCUCUGUAUAUCAGUCCAGCCAAUGGCAAGAACAUUGAUCCACAAGUUUGGAAGGUGGCAUUACGCUUGAAUCGGUUCCUCGACAAGUUGAUUACCUUAUCAUCAAUACGUUCAGAAGCUUUAUAUUCUAAAUUACGGAUUCUACUCGCUCAGGGGGAAACAUACGAGACCUUCAAAUCUGCAAUGAAUGAAUUGGACGUAUCCUUGAAAUGCAACACGAUAUGGGAAAACGACUCCGUUGCCUACCGAUGUAAUACCUGCGCCCUAACACCUUGUAUGUCUUUAUGCGCUUCGUGUUUUCAAGCUGCCAAUCACGAGGGACACGAUUUCACUAGAUUUUUCUCUCGAGAAGGAGGAGCUUGUGACUGUGGAAAUUCCGAUGUGAUUAGACCUAUGGGAUUCUGCCCUCGUCACGGUGAAAAUGCUAUACGACCUCCUCCGCCGUCUGCCCUAGUUGUUUCUCUUCCUCGGCAUAUUUUCAUGAAACUAGUCGUUUGCCUUUUCCUGGAGUGGAGAGGAUUUAUUGAUCGAUAUUCACAGGAGCAGGAAUCGCAAGGUUGGGAGGAACCGUACAAUGUGUCCAGUUUUUGUGAUAGCCUUGUUUCACCUGUUACUCCUUUGAUCAACUUUCUACAGGAAUGUGUCAACUACGGUGGCCCUAUGCGAGAAGCAAUGGCCGAGAUUUUGAUGGAUAAGGAUCUUUACUCGGCUCUGACGAAAGGAAAUUCUGAUGAAGUUGAUCUAGCUUAUGCAACAGAUGUAUCGUUGGACUGGCGGACAAGGUUGAAAUUCCAUGAUGAUCGUAUGAGUCUUUUCUCUGAGAAGCUCAAGCCAUUCUUCCCUCAUCUUGAUCCUGAAAAGCUGCUAAACUGUGAGUGCUUGUUGGAUGAGCUUCUGUUCUGGGUUAUCCGUAUGAAUUUUCCUCAGAACCUUAUCAACUUUUCACUGAGCAUGUUAUCCGAGCCGAACUAUACGGAUGCCCUGUCAACUCGCUUCUUUACUUGGUAUCCUUUGGUUGCUCACUGUGUCAGGGAAUUAUGUAUCUAUCAACUCCUUCGCGAUCGGAACUCCGAAGUUGUACAAACUACUUGCAGUCGACUCAUCCAUAUAUCCGUCCAGAUGUUAUCGUCAGAGGCUCUAUGUAAACGUCUAAACGAUAACUGUGAUCUCGUAAACGUGGUUUUAAAUACUGGAUGUUAUCUGUUAGCCGAAAAGCUCCACAAGACAGAAAUGACCCUAGAUCCUUUUUUCUUAUUGUGCACGAAUCCAAAGCAACUUGAAGAUAACCAAUGCGACUGGGAUGUGAUGUAUCUCGAAAGGAAUGCGACGAUGACGCAACAUGGAUAUUGGUUCGUUAUGGGGGAUAUGCAGAAUCUGUUAGCUCAUUCUUCAUUAGCUAUAAAUACUGUUCUUCAUCCAACAGCAUUUUCUCAUACUUAUGUGACCCUUCUGAAAAGGAUGCAAGGAAUGAAUGUUAACUGGCGGAUCAUUCGUGGCGAACAUCGAGAAAACGACAACACUGAUCUCGUUCAGCGGUAA